CAGGACACUAACAGACAUGUUUUGAGAUGCCUCUAAAGGGUCAUUCCCCAUUUAGCCUCACCCUGUGCUACUACACACCAGCUAUACAUAUUUAAUGAGCGGAUAGUCUCAGAGCCUGGCGCAGACAGGUGUCCCGAGCACUGGGCCCAACAGCUGCCACACUAACCCUGCACAGCCCUGCACAGCCCUGCACAGCCCCGCACAGCACCACCGGAGGCUGAACAUCACCGGACAUCUUCACACACUGAAGAGAUGAAACUGAUGUGUCAAGAACGACUAAAGAGACAAAAGGAAGCAGUUGCAAACAGGAUGAAGAAACUGGAAGCCAAGCAAAAUGAAAUUAAGAAAAAGGCCUCAGAAAUUCGAAACAACAUCGAGAGGAAGUAUGAGGAGAUGAGGCGGGUUCUGGAGGAGGACUGCAGGAUCACUCUCUCUCUGCUGGAGAUGGAAGAGCAGGCGACGGUCCGAGCUCUGGAUGACCUCAUAGAAAGAAACUGCUCUGUGUUCAGUGAUAUAGAGUUCCAGCUGAGUGAGGGGUUAAUGGAGAGUGAGGCGCAGUCUGAAGACAUGGUCACAGAGCUUCAGGACAGGGUGGAGGAACUGCUGAUUGUUACUGACCCGAGUCUGGUGAAACUAGACGAGGUGAAGGCGGAGCAGAUCCUGGACCUAACCAACAACCUGCUGCUGUUCAUCCGCUCCCAAACGCCCAUCACCAAGAGACUGCUCAAAAGCUGCCUAACCGAGGUGAGUCUGGACCCAAACACGGCUCAUCCCAAACUGAUCAUUUCCCCAUCACAGGAUUGUGUCACCUUCACCAACGAGUGGCAGGACGUAUCUGAAAAUGAUGCCAGGUUUGACACCACCCUCAACGUCCUGAGCCACCAGAGCUGGGACUCGGGCCGCCAUUACUGGGUGGUGGAUGUGAGAGGAAAGGUGUACUGGGAGCUGGGCCUCACCUACCCCUCCAUUCCCCGCAAGGGCCGCAAGGAGGACUGCUGGCUGGGCCGGAACAAAGGGUCCUGGUGUGUGGAGUUCUUUGACGGGGAUUACACAGCUUGGCACGAUGGCAAAUCCCAUCCUCUGCCCAUCGGCACUCACUUUAACCGGAUCGGUAUCUUCUGCAGUUUCCCCGCGGGUCUGGUGAUGUUCCUGGGGGAGGACAGUAUGACGCCUCUGUUUGCGUUCUGCGUCGGGACGUUUACUGAACACCUACAGCUGGCUCUGUGUCCAGGACAUGAUCUUCAGGGAUGCAACUCUCAGCCAAUUAAAAUCUGUCAUGCUGCUCACCCAAAGUGCUAGCAAGUCUCCAAUCAGGACAGUUGUUCCAUGGAAAAUAAUUUUUAAAGCACAGGUUUUGUGCUCAUUACUGAGAUUCAGGGGCAUUUUAUACAGAAUUAAUGCAAACCAACUGUAACUAAAUAACUGUAAUACUAACAAGCAAUUUACACUCAAUUUACACUCAA